GCAGCCGUUGAACGUGUUCCGGAAGGUUAAACCAUGUCAACCGUUUGGGUUCGUCACUGUGGGUGAAGUAGCGACAAGGACUUUCAAGAUUUUACUUUCUGUAAAGUUUAAACAGUCUGUUUAAACUGAUUUCUGGAAACGUAGGCAGAGUCUAGUCUUCUUUUAAACCAUCUUCUGAACAUUCGGAGCUCGUCAAGCUCACAUUGAUUGAUUGACGCCGGCACGUCACGCGGCCAGAUCCGAUCCACCCUGACUCUGAAUUUUUGCUGUAAUCGAUUGGAAUAUUUUCCCCCGUGGCUGAUGUAAAGGUUUUGAAAUUGACACUCCCACUGCCGCGUGUGACAGUACUUGGAGUGUUUUCGCCUUGGUGGCGGCGCUGGUCGCAGUCAGUGUGUUUCCCUCACAGACACACAAUUGAAUCAUGAUGUCCAUGUCGGGCUACGCCGUGCGGAUGGCGCGUCUCAGUGCGCGUAUUUUCGGCGACGUGGUGCGGCCCACGGACACGCGCUCCAUGAAGGUGGUGCAGCUCUUCCAGGAGCCCCCUCUGGCCAAGAAGAAGGGCGUGUAUGACUGGUACCCGGACCAUAACACCUAUCACGGCCUGACCAGGAAACUGCGCUUCCUUGGCCUCUUCCGGGAUGAACACGAAGAUUUUAAGGAGGAGAUGCGGCGUCUGAAAAAACUGCGAGGCAAAGGGGCACCGGCGAAGGGUGAAGGAAAGAGAGCCACCAAGAAGAAGUAGUUUCUCUUGAAUUUCAGAGUCUGCAGGUGGAGCGGAGCAGAUGGACUCCCACCCCGCAUUGGAGCCUGGAUGCUGGACACUAAUGCAGGAAGGAUGUAAUGCUUUUAUUGCCUCAGUAAACACCCAGAUACUUCCUUAUCUAAGAGAAAAAUAUUUUUUUUAGUGGAAGCAUCUGUUUACAGUUAUGAUCCCCUUCAGAGUGUCAUCAAGGUCCUUCUUAAGUGGGUUCAGGGAGUACAUAUGUAUAUGGUACAACAGUAGGUGUCAUACUGUUCUGAAGGCUGACCACUUGAUAUGUGAAAAAGAACCGAAUUAAAGUAUUUCUGUUACUGG